AUGCCAUCAGAGAUCGCCGACUGUAUAAAUAGACUAACACCUUUUGUUAACACCACUGAUCAAAAAAGAGUGCCCGGACUCGGAACGCCAGAGGAUGUGCACCUGUAUUGUCUGAAGCAGUUUUUGUGGAGAUCUGACAUGGUUCGCUGGGGAGAUUACAACAUCACGAAGACAGACAUGGAUUUCGUCAACGGUCUUCUCGCAUCCAUGGUGGAGCAAACAGAGGGGAAGCACUCAAGAAACAAGCGUCAAAGUAAGGGUAGUAAGUUACCACAGACAGGUUUCCGAAUCCGAAAGGAAUACAGACGGCUAUCCGACACAGAAAGAAAUGCUUUUCAUAAAGUACUGAAUCAGAUGAAAAAGAAUGGACAGUAUGACAAGCUUGCAAAUCUUCAUCGGGGCGCUGCAACCAUGUCAGCCCACUUUGGUCCAAACUUUCUCGGGUGGCACAGAGUCUAUCUAGCUUUAAUGGAGGAAGCAAUUCGAAAAAUUGACAAAAAACUUUCUCUCCCAUACUGGGACUCAACGCUUGACUUUGACAUGGAAAAUCCGGCAAACACAAUCAUGUUCUCACCGGAGUUCCUUGGAGACGGAUAUGGCGUGGUUACCACUGGACCAUUUGCCAACUGGGCGACCCCUAUUGGUCAACUGGAAAGAAAUAUCGGCGGCGACAGUGAGCUGUUUUCUAAAGAGAUUAUCAAAUCGAUCAUGAAGCGUUGUAAGACUAGCGAAAUCGUCGCUCCUACUGCUGAUAGUGAUUCCGACAUUGAAUUAUACCACGGUGGACCCCACGUUUGGGUCGGUGGACAUAUGACAGGACUAAACACAGCCGCCCACGACCCUGUAUUUUUCCUCCACCAUGCCUUUGUAGACUACAUUUGGGAAACUUUCCGCACCCGCCAAUCAUCUGUCUGUAAAGUCAAUCCCGAGUUAGAUUAUCCAAAGGCCUCUGGUGAACAUGCCUCAAACAGAGCAAUGGACGGACUGUCAGGAUUCGUAAAUAUUGAUGGUUAUCGUAACUACUGGACGAAAUCCUGGUAUAAAUACGAACGUUCUCCCACGUGUCCGUCCUGUGGAUCUCCCUAUUUAAAAUGCGACAAGGCCCGCGGUGUGUGCGUGUCCAUUGAACGUAAGCUUACUCCGGAAGAAGGAUCACAAGCGGGUGGAAGUUUAGAGUUUUUUGCUAAAGAUACGGCACAAUCCCCGAGGGCAGCAAGUGCAAGAGAUCAGGUCAAACAACUCGACGUCGGUCCGACAUUUAGGGCACCUCCUGCUGAACCCAGGACGCAGAAGGCUCAGCUGGCCCGCAUGAGAUAA